AAUUUUGUUCCCUAAGGUUCACUGCACAUUGAGUUCUCCUAAUUAUUUUUCUAGCAGGAACCAAUUUAGACAAGCAGCAACAUGCAAGCAUUUACCUUGUCCGUCUUCCUGGCUUUGGUCUUUUCAGCAUCUAACGUAGUCGGUCAUGGAAUGAUGUUCGACCCACCUCAGCGAUCGUCUAUGUGGCGAUUCGGUUUCAACACACCCGUCAACACAGCAGACGAUUUUCUCAGCUGUGGAUACGUGCAGGUGCAAUACGAUGAUGUGAAUCAAGGUCGGUGUGGUGAGUGUGGUGAUAUCUGGAGCGAUCCUCGACCUCGCAACAAUGACGAAGGAGGACUGUAUGGCACAGGGACGAUUGGUAGAAUCUACGAACAAGGAAGUCUAAUUGAUGUUACAAUCAACCUAAACAUCAGUCAUAUGGGAUUCUUUGAAUUCCGUCUGUGUCCUAAGACCUCGUCCGAAGAGUUGGUCACCCAAGAAUGUUUGAACCAAAACUUGUUGACAUUAGCGGACGGAACGACUCAAUUCAACGUUGAGCAAAAUUCCGUGGCAGUGGUAUUCACAAUUCAGGUGCAAUUACCUGCUCAAAUCACUUGUGAAAACUGCGUUCUGCAGUGGUACUACAGGGGAGGUAGCCGAAUCGGAGAUUGUGGGGAUGGUACAACAGAUUACGGAUGCGGCGAUCAGGAAACAUAUGUGAAUUGCGCGGAUAUUGCAAUUCUAUAAUAAUUAUGUAUAUUAUUCUGUGUAUAAAUAAUUAUAAUUAUGAUACACUUCAUCGAAAAGAAAA